CUGAACUCCGGUGUUGCUCUCAGUUUUCCUCCUAUCCUGAAUCCUCUCUUCCCUCUUCCCUUUUGCAGCCGGGUGGUUCGCAAAUCGAUUGCCAGAGUGCUGACGGUCAUUAACCAGACGCAGAAAGAAAACCUCAGGAAGUUCUACAAGGGGAAGAAGUACAAGCCCCUGGACCUGCGGCCGAAGAAGACGCGCGCCAUGCGGCGCAGACUCAACAAGCACGAAGAGGGUCUGAAGACCAAGAAACAGCAGCGGAAAGAGCGCCUGUAUCCGCCUCGGAAAUACGCGGUGAAGGCAUGAGCCAGCCCGGCUGGCCAGCAUUUUACCAUUAAAAUGUUCCGUCUUUGGAAA